UGCGCACUUAAUGCAGGCCGGUGAGACGCGGAAAAGGAAGAUGGCGGCGCCGAGCCUCCCCACGCCGUUGUAUGGACACGUGGGUCGCGGAGCCUUCAGCGACGUGUACGAGCCCGCGGAGGACACGUUCCUGCUGCUGGACGCGCUCGAGGCGGCGGCGGCGGAGCUAGCAGGAGUGGAAAUAUGCCUUGAAGUAGGAGCAGGGUCUGGUGUGGUGUCUGCAUUCCUCGCCUCCAUGAUAGGUCCUCAGGCCUUGUACAUGUGCACUGAUAUCAAUCCUGAGGCAGCCGCAUGUACGUUAGAGACAGCACGCUGUAACAGAGUUCACAUUCAGCCAGUAAUUACAGAUUUGGUCCAAGGCUUGCUGCCCAGAUUGAAGGGGAGAGUGGAUCUGCUGGUGUUCAACCCCCCCUAUGUAGUGACUCUGCCCGAAGAGGUAGGAAGUCAUGGAAUAGAAGCAGCUUGGGCCGGCGGCAGGAAUGGCCGGGAAGUCAUGGACAGGCUCUUCCCACUGGCUUCAGAACUCCUCUCCCCAAGAGGGCUCUUCUUCUUAGUGACCAUCAAAGAAAACCAUCCAGAAGAAAUUUUUAAAAUACUGAAGACAAAAGGUCUGCAAGGGACAACAGCACUUUGCAGGCAAGCAGGCCAAGAAAUCCUGUCAGUCCUCAGGUUCAGCAAGUCUUGAAAGCCACUGAAGUAAUAAGCAAGAGCUGCUGGAAGCUGGACACAACUCAGUAGGCUUGAGAGUGAUGCCAUUCCCUGCCCAAAAAAUUUAUCAGAUAUUUUCAUAAAGAAAAAGUAGGGCUGGCUAGUAGUGGCACACACCUUUAAUCACAGCACUCAGGAGGCAGAGACAGGAGAUCUCCGUGAGUUCAAGGUCAGCCUGGUCUACAGUCUAGUUUCAGGACAACCAGGGCUACAUAAAGAAACCCUGUCUUGAAAAAUUAAACAGAAAAAAAAGAAAAGAAAA